AUGAGCCCGAGGGCAUUUCCCUUUCCCCUCAAUGUUGGGAAUGAUAUUUGCCAGAUCUCCCGCAUUGCCCGAAUUUUGGCAACCCCCCGCGGGCCAAGAUUUAUCGAGCGUAUAUUCACCAAAGAUGAACUGCACCUGAUUCCAAGCGGAUCAGAGAACAACACCCCGCCAAAUCCCCAAGAAACCCAAGAAAACGGCAUCGAAGACUUGGAGGCGCAACAGCAUUUGUGGAAGAAGGCCUCGUUCGUGGCUGGAAGGUCCCCGCCCGUCUCAUGCAGAUUCGCCGCAAAAGAGGCCACGAUCAAGGCACACAUUCAGAGACGCCUGACCUUCCACGACAUUACCAUCUUGAGGAAGACACUGGUUGAGGGGCAGGCGAACGCGAACGGGAGCGGGCCGCCUGUGGCUGUGAUUAAGGGUGCGAAGGAGGGCGAGCGGGCGCAGGAGGCCAAGAUUACGAUUAGCCAUGAUGGGGAUUAUGCCACUGCUGUCUGUAUAGCUUAUGAGCCACCUGUCGAAAAGGGAGGAAAUGAAUGA